AUGGAAGAAGAAGAAUAUGAGGAAGUAAUAGAGUACUACAUUGAAGAGACAAUUGAGGAGGAGGGCGAACCAAUGGAGGUGAUCACAGAGUACACUGAGACCACCACCAGGACAGGCUAUGAGGGCCCCACAACAACCGUACAGACCACAGAACAUGCAGCGCCUCCCGUCAGAAAGAAAGUCAGACGGACAAAAGUGGACUCGUCUAAGUUUAUGACGCCUUAUCUAAAACACAGUAAUAAAAUGCAGGAUCUGUUUAGUGAGAACAAAUACAAACAAAAGUUUAUGAAAGAAAAAGGAAAGCCAUAUGCUGUAACAAGUGAUACCCCAGAACUUCGGAGAAUCAAGAAGGUACAAGACCAGCUUAGUGAGGUUAAAUACCGCAUGGCUGGUGAUGCUGCCAAGACAGUUUGUCAUGUUGAUGAAAAGGCAAGGGAUAUAGAGCACGCAAAGAGAGUAUCACAACAAGUGAGCAAGGUUUUAUACAAGCAGAAGUGGGAGGACACUAAAGACAAAUACCUGCUUCCCCCUGAUGCUCCUGAGCUUGUUAAUGCAAUAAAAAAUACAGCACUAUAUAGUAAGAAACUCUACACAGAAGACUGGGAAGGAGACAAGACAUUGUUUUAUCCAUAUGAUGACAGUCCAGAAUUGAGAAGAGUAGCAAAUGCCCAAAAGGCUCUCAGUGAUAUUGUCUACAAAAAAGGGCAUGAUGAACGGAAAGCUAAAUACACUUCUCUGCCAGACCCACCUGAUGUAGAACUUGCCAAGAAAGUGACUAAGCAGCGCAGCGAUCUUAAGUACCAUGAGGACUAUAAAAAGGCCCAAGGCAAGUGGAGCCAAACUCCUUGCUAUGAUGUUGCAGUUGCAAAAAUGAAUGCUACCAAUAUAAGUAUGAGAAAAUACCAGGAAGACUAUGAGAACAUGAAAGACCAAAUCUACUUUAUGCAAACUGAAACUCCAGAGUAUGAAGCCAAUAAGCGAGCUGGACUUGCUGCCAGUAAGGUGAAAUACAGAGAAGACUAUGAAAAGAAAAAAGAUAAAGCAGAUUAUAAUGUACUUCCUGCUACAGAGAAUCCAUUACUCAGACAGCUAAAAGUUGCAGGAAAUCUUCUAAAUGAGAAACUAUACAAGGAGGACUAUGAGAAAUCAAAAGGAACAAAUAUGAAUUACUGUGAAACUCCGAAGUUUCAAGUUGAUAGUGCUUUGCACAACUUUAGUGAUGCUAGAUAUAAAGACUUGUAUAAGAAGAAUGUCUUAGGACACUACAUAGGCAGCUAUGAAGACCCACAUCUUGCACACUGCAUGAAAAUUGAAGCUAUGAAGAGUGAUAAAAAUUACAAAGCUGAUUAUGAGGAAGAAAAAACAAAAUGCUACUUCCCUCAAACCAUAACUCAAGAGUAUGAAGCUACAAAGAAAUUAGACCAGUGUAAAGAUUAUACCUACAAAAAACAUCCGGAUAAAAUCAAGUUUACUCAGGUGUCUGACUCUCCAGUAAUGAAGCAAGCACAGAUCAAUACCAAACAGCUGAGUGAUUUGAAUUAUAAAGCUAAACAUGAAGGAGAGAAAUUCAGUUGUUCUAUAUCGCCAGAUGCUCCUUUUUUCCUCCAGUCCAGAGUCAAUGCAUAUAACCUGAGUGAUAACUGCUAUACGUAUGACUGGGAAAAGGCUAAAUCUAAGCAAUUUGAAAUUAAAGUUGAUGCAAUUCCACUUCUUGCUGCUAAAGCUCACAGUAAAAUUGCAAGUGAUGUGGCAUAUAAGAAAGACUAUGAAAAGAAUAAAGGAAAAAUGGUUGGAGCUUUGAGCAUUCAUGAUGAUCCCAAGAUGUUACAUUCUGUGAAAGUGGCCAAACAGCAGAGUGAUCGUGAAUACAAAAUGGGCUAUGAAUUGUCAAAGACCAAAUAUACAGCACCACUGGACAUGAUUCCAGUUACUCAGGCUAAGAAAGCUCAGGCUAUUGCCAGCAAUGUGGAUUACAGGCAUUACCUCCAUGACUACUCUUAUCCUCCUGACAGCAUUAAUAUGGAGCUUGCAAAGAAGUCCUAUGCUCUGCAGAGUGAUAAUGAAUAUAAAUCUGACUAUAAUAGCUGGAUGAAAGGUUGUGGCUGGGUGUCAUUAGGGUCACUGGAAACGGAGAAGGCUAAGAGAGCUUCAGACAUUCUCAAUGAGAAAAAAUAUCGUCGGCAUCCAGACACUAUUAAGUUUACACAAAUUGAAGAUGAACCUGUUAUGGUUCAGGCUAAAAUCAACCAGGCCCAAAGGAGUGAUAUAAAGUAUAAAGCCAAAGGUGAAGAAGUUAUUCACAAGUAUCACUUACCUCCAGAUAUACCUCAGUUUAUUCAGGCUAAAGUUAAUGCCUACAACAUUAGUGAUAAUUACUACAAAAUGGACAUGGAGGAAUUAAAAUCCAAAGGUUAUGACCUGAGAAGUGAUGCUAUAUCCAUCCGGGCUGCCAAGGCUGCUAGGCAGGCUGCCAGUGAUGUUCACUAUAAAAAAGGCUAUGAACUUGCCAAGGGCAAACUUAUUGGCUUCCAAAGUCUCCAGGAUGAUCCCAAAUUGGUUCAUUAUAUGAACAUUGCCAAGUUACAGUCUAUGCGGGAAUACAAGAAAGAUUAUGAAAAAACUAAAACAAAGUACAACACACCAUUAGACAUGUUCAAUGUCAUAGGUGCCAAGAAGGCUCAGGAAAUUGCCAGCAAUACUAACUACAAGCAACCAAUACACAAUUAUACUUACUUACCUGAUGCGAUGAACGUAGAAUUGACCAAAAACAUGAUGGCGAUUCAGAGUAAUAAUGCCUACAAGGCAGACUAUAACAGCUGGAUGAAAGGCAUUGGCUGGAUCCCCAUUGGCUCACUGGAGGUAGAAAAGGCUAAAAAAGCAGGAGAAGCUUUGAAUGAGAAGAAAUACCGCCAGCAUCCAGACUCUAUCAAGUUUACCAGUGUGGUGGAUGACCCAGUUAUGGUCCAAGCUAAACAGAACACACGUCAGCUCAAUGAUAAACUAUACAGAUCCUCAGGAGAGAAGAUCAAACAUAAAUAUACCAUGACACCAGAUGUACCACAUUUUAUCCAGGCUAAAUGCAAUGCAGCCAACAUCAGUGAUGCAUAUUAUAAACAUGACUACUAUGAUCUAAUAGCCAAAGGGCCCAAUGUAAAAGUUGAUGCUAUUCCAUUUACUCUAGCCAAGAGUUCCCGAAACAUUGCUAGUGACUAUAAAUACAAACAAGCUUAUGAAAAGGCCAAAGGAAAGCAUGUUGGUUUCAGAAGCCUGCAAGAUGAUCCCAAACUUGUCCACUAUAUGAAUGUGGCAAAGAUGCAGUCUGACCGUGAGUACAAGAAGAACUAUGAGAACACCAAGACCAACUAUCAUACACCGGCUGACAUGUGCAGUAUCCAGGCUGCUAAGCAGUCUCAGGAUGUGGCCUCCAAUGUCCACUACAAACAUUUACUCCAUCACUACACGUACCUACCAGAUGCCAUGGAUGUUGAGCUUGCAAGGAACAUGAUGCAAAUUCAGAGUAAUCAUGCAUACAAACAGGAUUAUAACACCUGGUUCAAGGGUAUUGGAUGGAGUCCACUGGGUUCUCUGGAUGUUGAGAAAGUUAGAAAAGCCGGAGAUGCAUUAAAUGAAGCGAAAUAUCGCCAGCCCCCCAACACCCUUAAGUUUACAAGUUUACUGGAUUCAAUGCCAAUGGUUUUGGCUCAACAUAAUACCAAGCAACUGAGUGAUAUAAGUUAUAAGCUAGAGGGAGAGAAAGUGAAACACAAAUACACGCUGGACCCUGAUGUUCCACAAUUUAUUCAAGCCAAGGUUAAUGCCUACAAUUUGAGUGAUGCUAAUUAUACAGCAGACUGGAAAAAAACACUUGCGAAAGGUUAUGAUCUGAAACCUGAUGCCAUCCCUAUAAUUGCUGCAAAAGCUUCUCAGAAUAUUGCCAGCAAUUACAAGUAUAAGGAAUCAUAUGUAAAAGACAAAGGCAAACAGGUUGGAUUCCGUAGCCUGCAGGAUGAUCCUAAACUGGUUCAUUACAUGAAUGUGGCCAAAAUGCAAUCGGAUCGCUUGUACAGGAAGGAUUAUGAAUUCAGCAAAACAAGAUAUCAUACCCCCCUGGAUAUGUUCAGCGUGACAGCGGCUAAGAAAGCCCAGGAAGCAGCUACAAAUACUGGUUACAAACAGCUGUUACACAAUUAUACACUCUUGCCUGAUGCUAUGAACGUGGAACUAUCAAGAAACAUGAUGCAGAUUCAGAGUGAUAGCCUUUACAAAACAGAUUUUAAUAACUGGCUGAAAGGAAUUGGCUGGGUGCCAGCUCAGUCUUUGGAGGUGGAGAAGGUAAAGAAAGCUACAGAGAUUCUCAGUGAAAAGAAAUAUCGCCAGCACCCUGACAAACUGAAAUUCUCUAUUACAAUGGAUGCAAUGGAGCAGGUGCUGGCCAAACAGAAUGCCAAGACCAUGAACAAGAGAGCUUAUACUGAUAAAUGGAACAAAGACAAGACCACGAUUCAUGUUAUGCCAGACACUCCAGAAAUUCUGCAAUCCAGGGUGAACCAGAACACGAUGAGCAAUAAACUAUACAGAUCUGGUUGGGAGGAAGAGAAGAAGAAAGGAUAUGACAUGCGGCCAGAUGCUAUCCCAAUAAGGGCAGCCAAGACCUCCGGAGAUAUAGCAAGUGAUUACAAAUACAGACUAGCUUACCAGAAGACAAAAGGAAAGCAAAUUGGGUUCCGGAGUCUGGAGGACGACCCCAAGCUGGUGCAUUUCAUGCAGGUGGCUAAGAUGCAAUCUGACCGUGAAUACAAAAAAGAUUAUGAGAAGAGCAAGACCAGGUUUCACACCCCAGUUGACAUGCUUAGUGUUGUAGCGGCCAAGAAAGCACAGGAAGCGGCUACCAAUACAAACUACAAGCACUUGAUCCACCAUUACAGUGCUUUGCCUGAUUCAAUGAAUCUUGAAUUAGCCAAAAACAUGAUGCACAUACAGAGUGAUAAUCAGUACAAAUCAGAAUAUGCUGAAUAUAUGAAGGGUAUUGGAUGGCUGCCACUAGGCUCUUUGGAAGCUGAGAAGAAUAGAAAAGCUAUGGAAAUUGUCAGCGAUAAGAAAUACCGCCAGCAUCCAGACAAGCUGAAGUACUCCAUUCUGAUGGACUCUAUGAAUAUGGUUCUAGCUACAAAUAAUGCUAAAAUCAUGGAUGAGCAUGAGUAUAAACGUGCAUGGGAAGCAGACAAGACAAAAGUCCACAUCACACCAGAUAUUCCCGAGAUUGCUUUGGCUAAAGUUAAUGCCUUUAAUCUAAGUGAUAAAAUGUACAAACUUUCCAUGGAAGAGGCUAAGAAGAAGGGGUAUGAUCUUAGAUCAGAUGCUAUUUCUAUUAAAGCUGCCAGGGCUUCCAGGGACAUUGCUAGUGAUUACAAAUACAAAUUAGGUUAUGAACAGGAUAAGGGGAAACUUGUAGGCUUCCGAAGCCUUCAGGAUGAUCCCAAACUAGUCCAUUAUAUGCAAGUGGCUAAGAUGCAGUCUGAGCGUGAGUACAAGAAAGCCUAUGAAACCAGCAAGACCAGAUACCACACACCAGCUGAUACACUCAGUGUCUUGGCAGCCAAGGAUGCACAAGCUAAUGUAACCAACAUUAACUACAAACAUCUGCUGCACAGAUAUUUCCUACUACCAGAUGCGAUGAAUUUGGAACUGAGCAGAAACAUGAAUCGGAUUCAAAGUAAUAAUGAGUACAAACAGGACUAUAAUGAAUGGUACAAAGGUCUUGGUUGGAGUCCUGCUGGUUCUCUUGAUGUGGAGAAGUCUAGAAAAGCCACAGAUAUUGCAAGUGACAGGAAAUACCGCCAACAUCCCAGUAUUUUCCCCUUCAUAAAGCAGACUGACUCCAUGGACAUGAUGCUUGCAAAACACAAUGCAGAUGUGAUGAAUAGGCAUGCCUACAUUCAAGCUUGGGAGAAGGAUAAACUUCAGAUUCAUGUGAUGCCAGAUACACCAGAUAUUCUUCAAGCUAAACAGAACAAGACAAAUUAUAGCCAGAAACUGUAUAAACUUGGAUGGGAAGAAAUGUUAAAGAAAGGCUAUGACCUCACACCUGAAGCCAUUUCAGUGAAAGCAGCCAAAGCAUCGAGAGACAUUGCAAGUGAUUACAAAUACAAGGAAGGGUAUCGCAAACAACAGGGACAUCACAUUGGAGCCCGCAACAUAAAGGAUGAUCCCAAGAUGAUGUGGUCAAUGCAUGUAGCCAAGAUCCAGAGUGACAGGGAGUACAAGAAAGACUUUGAGAAGUGGAAGACCAAGUAUAGCACCCCAGUGGACAUGCUGUCAGUUGUUGUGGCCAAGAAAGGUCAGGAGCUGGUCAGCGAUAUUGAUUAUAGACAUCCUCUGCACCAGUGGACAUGUCUGCCAGACCAGAAUGAUGUGAUCCAUGCUAAAAAGGCCUAUGACCUUCAGAGUGAUCUUGCAUAUAAGACAGACCUGGAGUGGCUGAGGGGUAUUGGAUGGUCCCCUAGUGGCUCACUGGAAGCUGAGAAGAAUAAGAGAGCAUCCCACAUCCUGAGUGACCAUAAGUACCGGCAACAUCCAGACACUAUUAAAUUUACUAGCCUUCUUGAUUCUAUGCCAAUGGUCCUGGCAAAGCACAAUUCUAAUAUAAUGAACCAACGUGCUUAUGUAGAAGCUUGGAAUAAAGAUAAGAUCAGCAUCCACAUCAUGCCAGAUACUCCAGAUAUUGUCCUGGCCCAGCAGAACAAGUUGAAUUAUAGUGAGAAACUGUACAGACUUGCCAUGGAAGAGGACAAGAAGAAAGGCUAUGACCUCCGGGUAGAUGCCAUUCCCAUCAAGGCAGCAAAAGCUUCUAGGAACAUUGCAAGUGAUUACAGAUACAAGGAAGGAUAUCGCAAGCAACUGGGACAUCACAUUGGAGCCCGCAACAUAAAGGAUGAUCCCAAGAUGAUGUGGUCAAUGCAUGUAGCCAAGAUCCAGAGUGACAGGGAGUACAAGAAAGACUUUGAGAAGUGGAAGACCAAGUAUAGCACCCCAGUGGACAUGCUGUCAGUUGUUGUGGCCAAGAAAGGUCAGGAGCUGGUCAGCGAAAUUGAUUAUAGACAUCCUCUGCACCAAUGGACAUGUCUGCCAGACCAGAAUGAUGUGAUCCAUGCUAAAAAGGCCUAUGACCUUCAGAGUGAUCUUGCAUAUAAGUCAGACCUUGAGUGGCUGAAAGGCAUUGGGUGGUCCCCUAGCGGCUCUUUGGAAGAUGAGAAAAAUAAAAGAGUAUCCCUCUUUUUGAGUGACCACAAAUACCGACAACAUCCAGACAAAAUUAAAUUUAAUAGCCUUCUUGAUUCUAUGCCGAUGGUCCUGGCAAAGCACAAUUCUAACAUUAUGAACCAGCGGUCAUAUGUAGAGGCUUGGAAUAAAGAUAAGACCAGCGUUCACAUUAUGCCAGAUACCCCAGAUAUCUUACUGGCCCUGCAGAACAAAAUGAAUUAUAGUCAGAAACUGUACAAACUUGCCAUGGAAGAGGACAAGAAGAAAGGCUAUGACCUCCGGGUAGAUGCCAUUCCCAUCAAGGCAGCCAGAGCUUCCAGAGAUAUUGCAAGUGAUUACAGAUACAAGGAAGGAUAUCGCAAGCAACUGGGACAUCACAUUGGAGCCCGCAACAUAAAGGAUGAUCCCAAGAUGAUGUGGUCAAUGCAUGUAGCCAAGAUCCAGAGUGACAGGGAGUACAAAAAAGACUUUGAGAAGUGGAAGACCAAGUAUAGCACCCCAGUGGACAUGCUGUCAGUUGUUGUGGCCAAGAAAGGUCAGGAGCUGGUCAGCGAAAUUGAUUAUAGACAUCCUCUGCACCAGUGGACAUGUCUGCCAGACCAGAAUGAUGUGAUCCAUGCUAAAAAGGCCUAUGACCUUCAGAGUGAUCUUGCAUAUAGGUCAGACCUAGAGUGGCUGAGAGGGAUUGGGUGGUCCCCUAGUGGCUCGCUGGAAGAUGAGAAGAAUAAGAGAGCAUCGCUCAUCUUGAGUGACCAUAAGUACCGGCAACACCCAGACACUCUUAAGUUCACUAGCCUUCUUGAUUCUAUGCCAAUGGUCCUGGCAAAGCACAAUUCUGUUAUUAUGGACCACCGUGCAUAUACAGAGGGUUGGAAUAAAGAUAAGACCAGCAUUCACAUCAUGCCAGAUACCCCAGAUAUCUUACUGGCCCAGCAGAACAAAUUUAAUUAUAGUCAGAAACUGUAUAGACUAGCUAUGGAAGAAGACAAAAAGAAAGGCUAUGACCUCCGGGUAGAUGCCAUUCCCAUCAAGGCAGCUAAAGCUUCCAGAGACAUUGCCAGUGAUUACAGAUACAAGGAAGGAUAUCGCAAGCAACUGGGACAUCACAUUGGAGCCCGCAACAUAAAGGAUGAUCCCAAGAUGAUGUGGUCAAUGCAUGUAGCCAAGAUCCAGAGUGACAGGGAGUACAAGAAAGACUUUGAGAAGUGGAAGACCAAGUAUAGCACCCCAGUGGACAUGCUGUCAGUUGUUGUGGCCAAGAAAGGUCAGGAGCUGGUCAGCGAUGUUGAUUAUAGACAUCCUCUGCACCAGUGGACAUGUCUGCCAGACCAGAAUGAUGUGAUCCAUGCUAAAAAGGCUUAUGACCUUCAGAGUGAUCUUGCAUAUAGGUCAGACCUAGAGUGGCUGAGAGGGAUUGGGUGGUCCCCUAGUGGCUCGCUGGAAGAUGAGAAGAAUAAGAGAGCAUCGCUCAUCUUGAGUGACCAUAAGUACCGGCAACACCCAGACACUCUUAAGUUUACUAGCCUUCUUGAUUCUAUGCCAAUGGUCCUGGCAAAGCACAAUUCUGAUAUUAUAAACCAGCGUGCGUAUGUAGAGGCUUGGAAUAAAGAUAAGACCAGCAUUCAUAUCAUGCCAGACACCCCAGAGAUCUUACUGGCCCAACAAAACAAAUUGAAUUAUAGUCAGAAACUGUACAGGCUUGCCAUGGACGAGGACAAGAAGAAAGGCUAUGAUCUCCGGGUAGAUGCCAUACCCAUCAAGGCAGCAAGGGCUUCUAGAGAUAUUGCUAGUGAUUACAAAUACAAAGAAGGGUAUCGGAAGCAGGUUGGUCACCACAUUGGAGCCCGCAACAUAGAGGAUGACCCCAAGAUGAUGUGGUCAAUGCACGUAGCCAAGAUCCAGAGUGACAGGGAAUACAAGAAAGACUUUGAGAAGUGGAAGACCAAGUAUAGCACCCCAGUGGACAUGCUGUCAGUUGUUGUGGCCAAGAAAGGUCAGGAGCUGGUCAGCGAUAUUGAUUAUAGACAUCCUCUGCACCAGUGGACAUGUCUGCCAGACCAGAAUGAUGUCAUCCAUGCUAAAAUGGCCUAUGACCUUCAGAGUGAUAACACCUAUAAAUCAGAUCUGCAAUGGCUGAGAGGCAUUGGUUGGGUCCCCAUUGGUUCCCUGGAUGUUGAAAAAGCCAAGAAGGCUGGAGAGAUCUUGAGUGAUAAAUUAUACCGUCAGCCUCCAGACAAAUUCAAAUUUACUAGCGUGACUGAUUCUCUAGAACAGGUCUUGGCCAAGCAGAAUGCAGAAACAAUGAAUAAGCGUUUGUAUACUGAAGCCUGGGAUAAAGAUAAGAUUCAAAUCCACAUUAUGCCUGACACGCCAGAGAUUACAUUGGCAAGACAGAACAAGCUCAACUACAGUCAGAGUCUGUAUAAACUUGCCAUGGAAGAGGCAAAGAAGAAAGGUUAUGAUUUGCGAAGUGAUGCUAUCCCCAUCAAGGCUGCCAAAGCGUCCAGAGAGAUUGCUAGUGAUUACAAAUACAAAGAAGGGUAUCGGAAGCAGGUUGGUCACCACAUUGGAGCCCGCAACGUAGAGGAUGACCCCAAGAUGAUGUGGUCAAUGCACGUAGCCAAGAUCCAGAGUGACAGGGAAUACAAGAAAGACUUUGAGAAGUGGAAGACCAAGUAUAGCAGCCCGGUGGACAUGCUGUCAGUUGUUGUGGCCAAGAAAGGUCAGGAGCUGGUCAGCGAUGUUGAUUAUAGACAUCCUUUACAUGAAUGGACCUGUCUGCCAGAUCAGAAUGAUGUCAUCCAAGCUAGGAAAGCUUAUGAUCUACAGAGUGAUAAUUAUUACAAAUCAGAUCUCCAGUGGCUAAGAGGAAUUGGUUGGGUCCCAAUUGGUUCCCUGGAUGUUGAAAAAGCCAAGAGGGCUGGAGACAUCUUGAGUGAUAAAAUAUACCGUCAGCCUCCAGAUCAGUUCAAAUUUACUAGCGUGACUGAUUCUCUAGAACAGGUCUUGGCCAAGCAUAAUGCGGAGACAAUGAAUAAGCGCUUAUAUACUGAAGCAUGGAAUAAAGACAAGACUAUGAUUCAUGUCAUGCCUGACACACCUGAAAUCAUGCAGGCAAAGCUCAACCAAAUACUCUACAGUGAGAAAAUAUACAAACAAGCUUUGGAUGAAUUAAAGAAAAGAGGUUAUGAUAUGCGCCUUGAUGCCAUUCCAAUCCAAGCUGCAAAAGCAUCCAGAAAUAUUGCCAGUGAUUAUAAAUACAAGGAAGGUUACCGCAAGCAGCUUGGCCACCACAUUGGGGCCCGCAACAUAGAGGAUGAUCCCAAAAUGAUGUGGUCAAUGCACGCAGCCAAGAUCCAGAGUGACAGGGAGUACAAGAAAGACUUUGAGAAGUGGAAGACCAAGUAUAGCAGCCCAGUGGACAUGCUGUCAGUUGUUGUAGCUAAGAAAGGUCAGGAGCUGGUCAGCGAUGUUGAUUAUAGACAUCCUCUACAUGAAUGGACCUGUCUGCCAGACCAGAAUGAUGUCAUCCAAGCUAGGAAAGCUUAUGAUCUACAGAGUGAUGCUAUUUACAAAUCAGACCUGGAAUGGCUGAAGGGAAUUGGAUGGGUUCCCAUUGGUUCCUUGGAGGUUGAGAAGGUCAAGAGAGCUGGAGAUAUCCUUAGUGACAGGAAGUACCGCCAGCCUGCAGACCAAAUUAAAUUUACCUGUGUGACAGAUACCCUUGAGCUGGUUUUGGCCAAGCAAAAUGCUGAGAACAUGAAUAAGCACUUAUACACAGAAGCCUGGAAUGCUGACAAAACGUCGAUUCACGUCAUGCCAGAUACACCGGAGAUUCUGUUAGCAAAGGCCAAUUCAGCCAAUAUUAGUCAUAAACUCUACGUACAAGGCUGGGAAGAAACCAAGAAAAAGGGCUAUGAUCUGAGAACUGAUGCUAUUCCAAUCAAAAGUGCAAAGGCAUCAAGAGACAUUGCUAGUGAAUAUAAAUACAAAGCAGCAUAUGAGAAACAGAAAGGUCACCAUAUAGGAGCUCGCAGAAUAGAGGAUGAUCCCAAGAUUAUGUGUGCUCUCCAUGCUGGAAAGAUCCAGAGUGACAGGGAGUACAAGAAAGAUUUUGAGAAGUGGAAGACCAAGUAUAGUAGCCCAGUGGACAUGAUGUCAGUUGUUGUGGCCAAGAAAGGCCAGGAACUGGUCAGUGAUGUUGAUUAUAGGCGUUAUCUUCAUGAAUGGACGUGUCUGCCAGACCAGAAUGAUGUGAUCCAGGCCAGAAAAGCUUAUGAUCUACAGAGUGAUAACGUGUACAAGUCAGAUCUGGAAUGGCUGCGUGGCAUUGGCUGGAUGCCAGAAGGAUCUGUGGAAGUGCUUAAAGUGAAGAAAGCACAAGACCUCCUGAAUGAAAGACUGUAUCGGAAACGACCAGAUGAACUGAAAUUCACCAGCAUUGUGGACACACCAGCAGUUGUACUGGCUAAGGCCAAUGCUCUGAAUCAGAGUAUUCCUUUGUAUAGGGAGCUUUGGGAUAAAGAGAAGACGCAAAUUACCAUUCCUUCUGAUACUCCUGAGAUGGUACUGUCCCGAGUCAAUGCUCUUAAUGUCAGCAAGAAACACUAUCAACUAGGCUGGGAAGAAGCCAAGAAAAAAGGCUAUGAUUUAAGAGUUGAUGCUAUUGACAUCAAACGUGCCAAGGCUUCUAGAGAUAUCGCUAGUGAGUAUAAAUACAAAGCAGGUUACCGUCAGCAGUUAGGACACUAUGUGGGAGUCCAAAGCCUUCAAGACGAUCCGAAGUUGGUGUGGUCAAUUCAUGCAGCCAAAAUCCAGAGUGAUAGGGAGUACAAGAAACAUUUUGAGAAAUGGAAGACGAAGUUCAAUAGUCCAGUGGAUAUGCUAAGCAUCGUCUUGGCCAAGCAUUGUCAGGGUCUGGUCAGUGAUGUGGAUUAUCGCCAUAUUCUGCAUCAGUGGACUUGCCUACCAGACCAGAAUGAUGUGAUCCAAGCUAAGAAGGCCUAUGAGUUACAGAGUGAUAAUGCAUACAAGUCAGACCUGGAAUGGUUGCGUGGUGUUGGCUGGUUAACGGAAGGUUCAGUGGACGUGCUUAAAGCGAAGAGAGCUCAGGAACUCCUGAAUGAUAGACUGUAUCGUAAACGGCCGGAUGAAUUAAAAUUUACCGCCAUUGUUGACACACCACCAGUUCUUCUGGCUAAGAUCAAUGCCGUUCAGAUCAGUGAACCUCUCUAUCGUGAAGCGUGGGACAAAGAUAAGAUACAUAUCACCGUGCCUGCUGAUACACCUCAGAUGCUGCAGUCCAAAGUCAAUGCUGCAAAUAUUAGUAAUAAACAUUAUCAGCAAGCCUGGGAAGAUGUCAAGGCAAAAGGUUAUGAUGUAAGAGCCGAUGCCAUUUCAAUCAAACAUGCCAAGGUUUCCAGAGACAUUGCUAGUGAGUACAAGUACAAGGAAACACAUGAGAAACAGAAAGGCCACUAUAUUGGAUGCCGAACUGUAAAGGAAGAUCCCAAACUGUCAUGGGCUGCACAUGUCAUGAAGAUGCAGAAUGACCGAGAAUACAAGAAAGCUUAUCAUAAUUCAAAGGCCAAAAUCACUAUACCAGUUGAUGCUGUACCUGUCCUGGCAGCAAAGGAAUGCCAGUCAUAUGUGACUGAAGUUGACUACCGCCAGCACUUGCACCAGUGGACGUGUCUGCCAGACCAGAAUGAUGUGAUCCAGGCCAGGAAGGCCUAUGACCUCCAAAGUGAUGCCAUUUAUAAAUCAGACCUGGAAUGGAUCCGUGGCAUUGGCUGGUUGCCAAAUGACUCUCCAGAAGUGAAGAGAGUAAAGAAUGCCCAGGAAAUCCUGAGUGACAAUAUGUACCGCACCCAUAUAGAGACCUUGCCGUACACCCACAUUGUUGACACGCCAGACGUUGUCCUCGCCAAAACUAAUGCUGAACAAAUCAGUCUUUCCAGAUACAAAGAAGCAUGGGAGAAGGACAAGACCAUGAUCCAUGUGAUGCCAGACACACCUGAAAUCAACCUAGCUAAAACUAAUGCUAUGAACGUUAGCAGUAAACUUUAUAAGGAAGCUUGGGAUGAAGUGAAAAUGACCUAUGAUUUGAGAGCUGAUGCCAUCCCAAUCAAGUCAGCUAAAGCCUCCAGAGAAAUUGCUAGUGAUUAUAAGUACAAGCUAGAUCAUGAAAAGCAGAAAGGACACUAUGUCGGAGUUCGGAAUGCAAGAGAAGAUAACAAAAUGCUCUGGGCCCUGAAGGCAGGCAAGAUUCAGAGUGAACUUGAAUACAAGAAAUACUUUGAGAAGAGUAAAUCACAGUACAGUGUGCCAGUGGAUAUGCUGUCCAUUAUGGCGGCCAAGAAAUGUCAGACUUUGGUCAGCGAUGUUGAUUACCGUCGUUAUUUGCAUCAGUGGAUUUGUCUGCCAGAUCAGAAUGAUGUCAUACAGGCUAAGAAAGCCUAUGAACUUCAGAGUGAUGCUGUUUACAAAUCAGAUUUAGAAUGGCUUCGUGGGAUUGGGUGGAUGCCAAAUGACUCUGUUGGAAUUAACCAUGUCAAACAUGCUGCAGACAUCUUUAGUGAGAAAAAGUACCGUACAAAAGUUGAAACUCUUCAGUUUACUCCAGUGGCUGACAGAGUUGAUUAUGUGACAGCAAAACAGGGUGGUGAAAUUCUGAGUGAUAUUAAAUACCACAAGGAGUGGAAUAGUAUCAAGUCAAAUUAUACUCUGACAGAUACACCACAACUAGAUAUGGCUCGCGAAGCAGCCAGAAUCCUUAACCAGAACUUGUACAAAGAAAGCUGGGAGAAAUUAAAAGCUACUGGUUAUCUUCUGCCUCCUGACACUGUGCAGAUCCGUCAUGCCAAGCACUCAGAUGCUGUCCAAAGUGAGCUUAAAUACAAAGCUGAAUAUGUUAAUCAAAGAGGUCACUAUGUUGGAGUUCCCACUCUGAGAGAUGAUCCCAAACUGGUGUGGUUUGAGCAUGCAGGCGAGAUCCAUAAUGACAGGUUGUACAAAGCAGCUUAUAACAAAUCAAAGGCUAGAAUUCACAUCCCGCCAGAUAUAUUGUCAGUCGUGGGUGCCAAGGACUGCCAGGCCUUGGUCAGUGAUAUUGACUACCGUCACUACCUGCAUGAAUGGACCUGCCAUCCUGACCAGAACGACUGCAUCCAGGCAAGGAAGGCCUAUGAUCUACAAAGUGAUAAUCUCUAUAAAUCUGAUCUGGAAUGGAUCCGUGGCAUUGGGUGGAUGCCACUGGAUUCUGUAGAGCACAAGAGAGUAAAGAAUGCCCAAGAUUUGGUAAAUAAGAGAGUCUAUACAAAGGAGGCCCUGGACAACUUUUCCAAUAUGACAUCAGUGGUUGACACACCAGAAGUUGUUUUGGCAAGGAUUAACGCUGUCAAUCAAAGUGAUCUAAAAUACAAGGAAACAUUUAACCUCGAGAGAGGCCAGUAUAUUGGUUCUGAUGACACUCCACUGCUGAAUCUUGCCAGAGAUAUGUCUAAGCUUUAUAGUGAUAAACUGUAUAAAGAUGCAUGGGAAAUCACCAAACCUAUAGGUUAUACUUUGGACGAAAAAUACAUCCCUGUCGUUGGAGCUAAGCACUCUAAUUAUAUUAACAGUGAGCUUAAAUAUAAAGCAAUAUAUGAGAAGCUGAAGGGCCAUUACUUGGCUGGGAAGGAUGUUAGUGAGUUCCCCAGCGUCAUUCAUUCUCUAGCAUUCCAGAAAAUGAGGAGUGCGUUGGCAUACAGGAAGAAUUAUGAAGACACCAAAGCAAAUGUCCAUAUCCCAAGUGACAUGUUGAAUCAUGUGUUGGCUAAAAAGUGUCAGUAUAUCCUCAGUGAUCUUGAGUACCGAACCUACUUGCAUGAGUGGAAUUGUUCACCUGAAGAACAUGAUGUUGUUCUGGCCAAGAGAGCCCAGGAGAUUUUGAGUGAUGUUAUAUAUAAAGAUGACUUAACUUGGCUGAAAGGAAUUGGAUGCUAUGUAUGGGACACUCCACAAAUCCUGCAUGCUAAAAAAUCAUAUGACCUGCAAAGCCAACUUCAGUACACAGCUGCAGGAAAAGAGGGUUUGCAUAACUACAGUGUUGUUACUGACACUCCAGUUUAUGUGACUGCAGUUCAGAGUGGCCUCAAUGCUAGUGAAGUGAAAUAUAAAGAACAUUAUCACAAAACUAAAGACCAAUACACAACUGUGGUGAAAACAAUGGAUCAUGAUAGAAUCGAAACUCUGAAGUAUCUUUAUAGCAAUAACCUGUACAAAGACGCCUGGGAGAAGGUAAAAGCCACGGGUUACAUACUGCCCUCUGAUGCUGUUCUUCUGUCACGUGCCAAAGAGCUGAAGCAUAAUGCUAGUCUUGUCAAGUAUCGGGAAGAAUAUGAUAAGUUUAAAGCACUUUACACUUUACCUAGAAGUGUUGAUGAUGAUCCCAACACAGCAAGAUGCCUUAGAGUUGGCAAGUAUAACAUUAAUCGUUUGUACAGAGAAGGCUAUGAGAAGAACAAGGCCAAAAUCCACAUUGUACCAGAUAUGUUGGAAAUAAUUGGUGCUAAGGACACGCAGAAGAAAGUCAGUGAAAUUGAUUAUCGUACGCGUCUCCAUGAGUGGAUUUGCAUGCCGGAUCUUCAUAUCAAUGCCCAUGUUCGAAAAGUCACGGACCAGCUUAGUGAUGUUAUCUACAAGGAUGACCUCAACUGGCUGAAAGGCAUUGGUUGCUUUGUUUGGGAUACUCCUGAAAUUCUCCAUGCCAAACAUGCUUAUGACCUUCGUGAUGAUAUUAAGUACAAAUCCAAGGCAGAGAAAAUGAAGAAUGACUACACCAUGAUCCUUGACACUCCUGUCUAUGUUCAGAAUGUCAUCAGUGGCAAGAAUUUGAGUGAUGCUGUUUAUCGUGGUGAAUAUCAGCACAACAUUAGAGGCAAAGUGAUCCCCACUAAUAAAACAGUGGACUUGGAGAGGGCAAAUCAUGCUCACAAGAUACAGUGUGAGAAUUUGUACCGCUGGGCUGGAAUAAAUGCUCUUCCCACUGCAUACAAACUUCCUACAGACACACCAGCUUUUAAGCAUGCUAAACAUGUUCAAUACAUGGGCAGUGAUCUUAAAUAUAAAGAAGCCUAUGAGCACACAAAGGCUAAAGGCUACACCCUUGGACCUAAAGAUGUUGGCUUUGAGAAUAUCAGGAAAGUUAAUAAAGUUAUCAAUGAGAGGAUGUAUCGGGAGACAUACCACAAGCUUAAGGACAAGAUUCAUACUACCCCUGACACGCCAGAAAUUCGCCAAGUCAAAGCUACACAGGAAGCUGUCAGUGAUCUGAUCUACAAGACAGACUUAUUUAAAAUGCGGGGACACUUGAUUUCCUUGCCCUUCACUCCUCAAGUCGCGCAUUGUCAGUAUGUUGGGGAAAUCACAAGUGAUAAUAAAUACAAGCAGGAUCUGCAGUGGCUAAGGGGCCUGGGCUGUUUCCUGUAUGAUACUCCUGAUAUGGUCCGUGCUCGUCACCUGCGUAAGCUUUGGUCUAAUUAUGUAUAUACUGAUGAUGCGAAGAAGAUGAGGGAUAAAUACAGUGUGGUUCUCGACACUCCCGAGUACAGGACAGUCCAGGAGCUGAAGACACAUCUGAGUGAAAUUGUUUACAGAGCUGCAGGCAAAGAGCAAAAGGCAAAAUAUACUUCAGUCCUUGAAACUCCUGAUUUCUUACGAGCCAAGAAAGGACAAAAAAUACAGAGCCAGUAUUUGUAUGUAGAGCUAGCCACCAAAGAGAGACCCCAUCACCAUGCAGGUGCCCAGACAACCGCCUUGAAACAUGCAAGACACGUGAAAGACAUGGUCAGCGAGAAAAAGUACAAAACCCAGUAUGACAAGAUGAAGCACAAGUACACAACUGUUCCUGACACGCCUAUCCUUAUCAGAGCUAAGCGGGCUUACCUCAAUGCAAGUGAUCUGCGCUACAAAGAGACCUUUGAGACUACAAAGGGCAAGUAUCACACAGUGAAAGAUGCCUUGAAUAUCGUCUAUCAUCGCAAGGUCACUGAUGAUGUUAGCAGUGUGAAAUAUAAGGAAAAGUAUAUGAGUCAGCUGGGAAUCUGGAGAUCCAUCCCUGACCGCCCUGACCACUUCCAUCAUCGUGCUGUCACGGAUGCCAUCAGUGACUUUAAAUACAAGGAAGAUUUAUCCUUGCUCAGAGGCAUUGGUUGCUAUGCAUGGGAUACUCCUGAUUUGAGUCUGGCAGAAAAGAACAAGGCACUCUACAGUGGGUACAAGUACAAGGAACUAUUUGAAAGAACAAAAUCUCUGUACAAUUAUGAACCUGAUUGUCCAAUUAAUAGGCAUUUUAAACAUGCGACUCAAUUGCUAGAUGAGAAAAAAUACAAGUCAAAUGCCAAGAUGUUCUUGCAACAUGGAUGUAAUGAACUCAGGAGGCCAGAUAUGCUGACCGCACUCUACAAUACAAACCUUUGGAGCAAGUUCAAAUACAGAAAGGAAUAUGAAAAACUGAAGGACAAGUACACCACAAUUGUGGAUACUCCAGAGCACCUGAGGAAUACAAAAGUUAACAAACAAAUUAGUGAUAUUAUUUAUAAAUUAGAAUACAACAAGGCCCGGCCUAAGGGAUAUACCACAAUCCAUGAUACCCCCAUGUUGUUACAUGUGCGUCAGGUCAAGGACAAAAUAAGUGAGCUGAAAUACAAAGAAGUGUAUGAGAGGAAUAAAUCACACUGCAAUGUUGUACCAGAUUCUGUUCAUAUUAAGACUCCCAAGAAUGCCUACAAACUUAACAGCAAUUUGGAUUACAAGAAGAAAUAUGAAGCAACCAAGGCUCACUGGCACUGGACUGCUGACAGACCUGACUUCAUUCAAGCUGCAAAGACUUCCUUGCAACAGAGUGAUUAUGAAUAUAAGCUAGACCGAGAAUUCCUUAGGGGAUGUAAACUCUCUGUCACAGAUGACAAAAACACAGUAUUGGCUUUGAAUAAUGCCAUCCUGGCAAGUGACAUAAAAUACAAAGCGAAGCAUAAUAAGGAGAGAGGAACAUGCCUUGCUGUUCCAGACACACCUCAGGUCCUCCUUGCUAAGACAGUCAGCCGUCUUGUGUCUGAGAACAAAUACAAAGAGCAUGUUAAGAAGCACCUUCCCCAUGGUUCUUAUACAACCCUGCCUGAGACACGGGACACUGUUCAUGUCAAAGAAGUGACCAAGAAUGUCAGUGAGACCAAUUAUAAAAAGAAGUUUGUGAAGGAGAAAGGCAAGUCUGACUAUUCCAUCAUGCAGGAGCCUCCUGAAGUGAAACAUGCCAUGGAAGUUGCUAAGAACCAAAGUAUUAUUGAAUACAAAAAAGAUGCCAAGUCAAAGCUCCAUUACACAUCUAUAGCAGAUCGGCCGGAUAUUAAGAAAGCAACCCAAGUUGCCAAGUUAGUCAGUGAUAUCCAAUAUAAAGCCAAGGCUCGGGAAGCUGGCAUAGGCGUGAGCAUGCUUGGACGUCCAGAUAUUGAACUUGCUAAGGAGGUUUCCAAGCUUACUAGCCAGGUGAAAUACAAAGAGAAUUUUGACAAAGACAAGAAGAAGAAGCCACGAUAUGACUUGAAGGAGGCUAAAAUCUACAAGACCAUGAAAGAUGCUCAUAACAUGGCUAGUGAGGUGAAAUAUAAGGCAGAUCUAAAGAAACUUCACAAGCCUGUGACAGACAUGUCUGAAUCACUGAUGAUGAACCAUGUCCUGGGCACCAGCCAUCUCUCCAGUGCUUACCAGUACAAGAAGCAAUAUGAGAAGAGUAAGGGUCACUACCAUGUGGUGCCAGAUAACCUUGAACAGCUUCAUCUAAAGGAGGCAUCAGAACUCCAGAGUCACGUGAAAUACAAAGAAAAGUAUGAAAAGGAAAGAGGAAAACCCAUGUUGGAUUUUGAAACACCAACAUACCUUACUGCCAAGGAAUCACAGCUCAUGCAGAGUGAGAAAGAAUAUAAGAGGGACUUUGAAGAGUCCAUUAAAGGCAGGAACCUUACUGGCCUGGAGGUUACACCAUCUUUAUUGCAUGUCAGAUAUGCAACCAAAAUAGCAAGCGAGAAAGAGUACAGAAGGGAUUUAGAGGAAGGUGUCAAAGGUAAAGGUCUAACAAUGUUGGAGGAGACUCCAGACUUAUUAAGAGCAAAGAAUGCAACUCAAAUCCUAAAUGAUAAAGAGUACAGAAAAACAUUGGAGAUGGAAAUCAAAGGAAGAGGUCUGACAGCCCUGGCUUUAGAAACACCAGACUUUAUGAGGGCCAAGAAUGCUACAGACAUUGCCAGUCAGAUCAAAUAUAAGCAGUUAGCAGAAAUGGAGAAAGCCAACUACACUACUGUUGUGGAUACUCCAGAGAUCAUUCAUGCACAUCAGGUCAAGAAUUUGUCAAGUCAGAAAAAGUAUAAAGAAGAUGCAGAAAGGGGCAUGUCACACUAUGUACCUGUUCUAGAAACACCAGAAAUGCAGAGAGUCCGUGAGAACCAGAAGAACUUCAGCACUCUUCAGUACCAGUGGGAUCUAAAGAACAGUAAAGGGAAAGUUAUGGUGGUACAAGAUACACCUGAAAUACUGCGUGUUAAAGAAAACCAGAAGAAUUUCAGCUCGAUUUUAUAUAAAGAAGAUGUUGGAACAGGAACAGCUAUUGAAAAGACACCUGAGAUGCAGAGAGUUAAACGAACCCAGGAUGCAAUUAGCUCGAUUAAGUACAAGGAAAGUAUUGGAAAAGGAACUCCAAUUUCUGAUCUCCCAGAAGUGAAACGUGUCAAGGAGACACAGAAGCACAUCAGCUCGGUAUUGUACAAAGAGGACCUGGGGACAGGGAUCCCAACACCUGUCACUCCAGAGAUAGAGAGAGUCAAACGCAAUCAAGAACACAUUAGCUCGGUGUUGUACAAAGAGGGCAUGGGGACAGGGACCCCAACACCUAUCACUCCAGAGAUGGAGAGAGUCAAACGCAAUCAAGAACACAUUAGCUCGGUGUUGUACAAAGAGGGCUUGGGGAUUGGAACCCCAACACCUGUCACUCCAGAGAUGGAGAGAGUGAAGCGCAAUCAAGAACACAUUAGCUCGGUGUUGUACAAAGAAAACGUGGGGACAGGGACCCCAACACCAAUCACUCCAGAGAUGGAGAGAGUCAAACUCAAUCAAGAACACAUUAGCUCGGUGUUGUACAAAGAGGACCUAGGGACAGGAACUCCAAUUCCUGUCACUCCAGAGAUUGAGAGAAUCAAACGCAAUCAAGAACACAUUAGCUCGGUAUUGUACAAAGAGAGCUUGGGGACAGGGACCCCAACACCAAUCACUCCAGAGAUGGAGAGAGUCAAACGCAAUCAAGAACACAUUAGCUCGGUGUUGUACAAAGAGCACGUGGGGACUGGAACCCCCACACCUAUCACUCCAGAGGUGGAGAGAGUCAAACGCAACCAGGAACACAUUAGCUCGGUGUUGUACAAAGAGAGCUUAGGGAAAGCAACCCCGACACCCAUUACUCCAGAGAUGGAGAGAGUCAAACGCAAUCAAGAACACAUUAGCUCGGUUUUGUACAAAGAAAACGUGGGGAAAGCGACCCCAACAGCAAUCACUCCAGAGAUGGAGAGGGUCAAACGGACUCAAGAAUUCAUUAGCUCGGUGUUAUACAAAGAAAACCUGGGGCAAGCAACCCCGACACCUGUCACUCCAGAGAUAGAGAGAGUCAAACGCAAUCAAGAAAACAUUAGCUUGGUUAUGUACAAAGAAGGCUUAGGGAAAGCCACUCCGACACCUCUAACUCCAGAGAUGGAAAGAGUGAAACGCAAUCAAGAACACAUUAGCUCGGUAUGGUACAAAGAGAACAUGGGAAAAGGAACUCCGACACCUAUGACUCCAGAGAUGGAGAGAGCUAAACGCAAUCAAGAAAAUAUUAGCUCGGUUCUUUAUUCAGAUAGUUUCCGGAAACAAGUGCAAGGCAGAGCAGCAUAUGUGCUUGAUACUCCUGAAAUGAGGCGCGUACGAGACAGCCAGCGACACAUCUCCACGGUGAAAUACCAUGAAGAUUUUGAGAAACACAAAGGUAGCUUUACGCCUGUGGUUACUGAUCCCAUUACAGAGCGUGUGAAAAAGAACACGUAUGAUUUCAGCGAUAUUAACUACAGAGGCAUUCAAAGGCGUGUUGUGGAAAUGGAGUGCAAACGAGUGGACCAGGAUCAAGACAACAAUCUUACAGAUCUUCGUGUUUGGCGCACUAAUCCUGGGUCAGUCUUUGACUAUGACCCUGCAGAGGAUAACAUUCAGUCCAGAAGCCUUCACAAGAUAUCUGUCCAUGCCCAGCGCCGCAGCCGGGAGCACUCUCGUUCCGCCAGCGCAUUGAGCAUUAGUGCCGGCGAUGAGAAAUCAGAGCACUCAGAGGGCGGGGAGCAACACCUGUCCUAUUACAGUAAUGGAGGCUUUUUCGCUACAACCACAACAGUUGGCUACAAGCAGGCUAAAACUGUAGAGCUGCCACAACAAAGAUCAUCAUCUGUUGCCACCCAGCAGACAACAGUGUCGUCUGUUCCCUCCCACCCAUCUACUGCUGGUAAGACCUACCGGGCUAUGUAUGACUACAUGGCAGCUGAUGCUGAUGAAGUUUCCUUCAAAGAUGGUGACACAAUUGUGAACGUCCAAGCUAUCGAUGAAGGCUGGAUGUAUGGGACUGUACAGAGAACAGGCAAGACUGGCAUGCUUCCAGCCAACUAUGUAGAAGCUGUCUAAACCAAACUGAGGUCUUCUGUAAAGCAUAUCCAUAUGGACAAAACAUGCAGGCACUUUGUUCUACUUGCCACAAGACUGCCCUGCCAAAGUGCCUUACUGUUUUUUCCCUGUUGAUACUGUCUUGUGAGUUGUUAUUCUGAAAAAAGUUACUUUAUAUAUAGAAGAAGAUAUUUUAAAAAUAUCUUUACAAACGUUAUCAAAGCUUCAUCGUAAACAUACUAGUCAUUGAUCCAGUGAGAAAUGUGUUUCUAUCACCUUCAAUACCUUUUAACAUUUUCUGGACUUGCACAUAAAAUCUGUUUUACUGUCUGCUGAGUACCUUAUGGUUUGAAAACCAGUAAUUUUAGAGUACUCGCGUAUUAAAAAACAAAACAAAACUGCAACUAUUUUAUUAGUUUUCCUAUCAAGACAGUAUUUUUCUGUGCCAUUCUAAAAAAAGUUUGAAUGUAUUUAUUUCUGUUCCAAGUAAGCAAACAAACUUAACAUCUCAAACCAGUCAAAAGGAAUGUUAAAUGCCUCUCCUCUUCUCUGCUUGCUAAACGCUGAUGCACGUGUGUUUUCAUGCUAUUGUUCUGGGGUCAGAAAGCUGUAUUUCCUUGUAAAUUAGUGGCUAAAUAAAGUUCAUGUUUCUGCAGCACAAUUAAUGCAUUUAACCUCUGAUCAACAACAGUGAAGCAAUCGGCAUAUUAAAUAAUCUUGCUACAAA